CCGGGGAGGCUGGGACGGGGUCAGCGCCCUGAAGCCAGCCCCCUGUCUUUUGCCAAGACCUACCCCCGCGCAGCCCCGAGUGGGCAGCUGAAGGCUGUGGCUGGGAUCCCGAGCCCGAGAUGGGGCCCCAGCUGGGGCCUAAGGCUGCCAGCCUCUGCCGGGGCCGGCCGCUCCUGCUCCUGUGGGUCUCAGCCCUGAGCCGUUGCGUGUCCUCGCCGGCUUCUCCCUCUCCGUCUCUGGGGCCCCGAAUCAGAACCAGCUACAAUUUCGGAAGGACUUUCCUCGGUCUUGACAAAUGCAAUGCCUGCAUCGGGACAUCAAUUUGCAAGAAGUUCUUUAAAGAAGAAAUCAGGUUUGGCAGCGGGCUGGCCUCCCACCUCGGACCGCCGCCCGACCACCUACCUUCCUACCCUGCAAAUUACUCAGAUGAUUCCAAAACCUGGCGCCCCGUGGAGGUCUCGAGGCUGGUCGGCAAACAGCAAAGUGACAUCUCAGACAGGAGAAUCUGUGCCUCUGCGGCAGCCCCAAAGAGCUGCAGCAUCGAGCGCAUCCUGCGGAAAACAGGAAGGUUCCAGAAAUGGCUGCACGCCAAGCGCCUCACGCCGGACCUGGUGCAGGGCCUGCCCACUCCCUUCCUGCGCUGCCCGUCGCAGCGACUCCUGGACCGUGUGGUCCGGCGCUAUGCUGAGGUGGCCGACGCUGGCAGCAUCUUCAUGGACCACUUCACGGACCGCGACAAGCUACGUCUGCUCUACACGCUGGCUGUCAACGCGCAUCCCAUCCUCCUGCAGAUCUUUCCCGGCGCCGAGGGCUGGCCGCUGCCCAAGUACCUGGGCUCCUGCGGCAGAUUCCUGGUGAGCACCAGCACCAGCCCCCUGCAGGGAUUCUACGGCGCGGCCCCCGACCAGGCGGCAGACCUGGCUUACCAGCUCCUCGGGGUCCUUGAGUCCCUGAGGAACAACGACCUGAACUACUUCUUCUACUUCACCCACGUCGAUGCGGGCACGUUUGGCAUCUUUAACAACGGGCAUCUCUUCAUCCGGGACGCCAGCGCCUUGGGCGUCAUCGACAGGCAGGAAGGCAGCCAGACAGCCGCCGCCGGGCCAGAAGAGAGUCAAGACAUCUUCAGCUGCCUGGUUUCCGGCUGCCAGGCCGAGCUGCCCUCCUGCUACGCCAUCCCCGAGACGCAGAGCCUGGUGCUGGUGUGUCGGCAGGUGCUGCCUCAGCUUCUCCAGGGCAAGUUCCCCUCCCCCGUGCAGGACGAGAUAGACGCGGCCCUUGCUCAAUGUGGGGAGGAUGCCAGCCCUGCCCCCGAAGUCCUCGGGGCCGCCAGCCGCCUGAAGGACAUCUUGAGACCCCUGAGAACCUGUGACCCCCGAUUCGCCUACCGAUACCCGGACUGCAAGUACAAUGAUAAGUUCUGAGGGGCCCUUGCUGGCCCUCGGGGACCACAUCCUUGCCCCCUCCCCUUGCCCAGUCGCGUUGUUGCAAGGUACAAAGAGGAAGCUGCUUAUUGGCCUUUCUUAAGAAGAAUCAAGUCAUGGGGGCGCCUGGGUGGCUCAGCUGGUUGAGAGUCUGACUUCGGCUCAGGCCAUGAUCUCUCGAUUUGUGAGUUCGAGCCCCGCAUCGGGACAUUAGGAGAGAUGUGCGCUCAUUUCCCAGGACCCGAGGAAGACGCUGACAGCCAGAGGGGCAUUGUGUCACACGGUGUGAUUGUCCCCUGCCGGCUGCCACGACGUGGAAAAGCCCCGGGGCCGGGCAGCGGGAGACGCCAGUGUGGACACUCACUGGACUUCUUGGAGCCUCAGUGUCCCCUGUUGUCAGCCAAACUCAUGGGUGCGUGAAAAAAGACAGGGAUGUGAAGGGCCAAGGACACGUGCCGGUGGUUACAGACAGUGUUCCAGAAGCAUGCACAGGCCGGGUAAAGGAGACAGAGCCGUGGAGGUGGAGGCCGACACGGAGGGAAGGGAGGGGGAAGGUGAGGCCAGGCCUGCGUUAGACUCAAACAAGAGGGGCCCCCUUCCUGCUCGCUAGCCCCCCUGCUGUGCUCCCCACACUGCCCCGGGGGGAGGAGACGCACGGACAGGGCCACACUCUGGGUGCCCGGGGUCCCAUGUGCUCGUGUGAGGCACCUCCUGGCGUGGGGUGGAGCCGGGGCUGAGAAACGAUGACAGGUGGGCUGGGGGGGCCGACGUGUUCAUCCAGGAGCUGCGAGAAGCAGGUGUCAGGACAGGGUGAGGUGGCCGAGAGUCGUAUCCAAGAAGACGCCCGCGCGGAAGGCAAGAAGGAGGUACUGCAAGUCUGAGCCCAAGUGAGGGAGGGAAGGUCAGUGCGCGCAUUGUGAGGCCGGCAGCGGCACAAGCUAAAAACGACGGUUCGGCAAGGCCGCCAGGGUGUCCUGGGGGACAAGCCAGCCAUCAGAGGAGCCCCGAGUCUCCCCAGGCUGGAUGGCCCUCAUACCCCCGCUGCACUCGGUCGUUGGCAGGAAACGGCCCUCGGUGAGUGUGACCUUGACCUAACUACAGAGAUGGAUUUCCAAGUGCAGCGCAGGGCCCGCUGAGAGCUCAGCUCCCUGGAGUAGGGGAGCGGGGGCGGGGUGUGUGUGUGUCUGUGUCUGUGAGGACACUGCAGCCCCAGCCGGGGCCGCAGGCCAGCUCUGUCCUCACCAACAGCCCCUCAUGCAGGAGGCUAAGGAGUCUGAGAAUGUCCAUUCCAACUUGGCCUUAUAGGUCAUUAUAAAAAUUUGGGGGCAGGGCGCCUGCCUGGCUCAGUCCGUUAAGCAUCUGACUGUUGACUUCGG